AUGAGUCAGCCACCUGGCUUUGUUGAUGCAUCUCAGCCCAAUGCUGUGUGCCGUCUAAAUCGUGCCUUGUAUGGUCUAUGCCAGGCACCCCGAGCAUGGUUUGAUCGCUUUAGCAUGUUUCUACUAGAGUGUGGGUUCGUGUGCAGCACGUAUGAUUCUUCCAUGUUUGUCUAUCGUUCUCAAGGUCGUGUUAUGAUACUACUACUUUACGUGGAUGAUAUUGUUACAUUGGGGACUACGUUCGCUAUGAAGGACCUUGGUCCACUUCACUAUUUCCUGGGUAUAGAGGUGACUUCCACUCCUCAGGGGUUGUUCUUGUCUCAGGCUAAGUAUGCCACAGAUAUACUACACCGUGCACAUAUUGUUGACAUCAAGCCAACGUGCACACCCAUGGCCAUUCGGCCCGAUCUAGCCUCAACCGACCCAUUUAAAGAUGUCACUUUGUAUCGCAGUCUUGUUGGUGCACUUCAAUACUUAACUAUGACUAGACCAAAUCUCUCUUAUGCCGUGAAUUCGGUAUGCCAGCACAUGCAUGCACCUACUAUGGCUCAUUUUGGCAUGGUCAAGCGCAUUCUUCGUUAUGUUCGUGGAACUUUGGAUCAGGGUCUUCGCAUUAUUGGGCGGGCUGUCCAAUUACAAGGCGGUCCACAACAGGUUUUUGUACCUUCCUUGGGUCCAAAUUGUAUCUCUUGGAGUGCCAAGAAACAGCCCACCAUAGCCCGCUCUAGUACUGAAGCUGAAUAUUGGGCUAUGGCUUCUACUACUGCGGAGCUACUUGGUUGA